AUGGCAACUAAACAACAACCCAAUGGCGAUACGAGCACAAUGAAUGGCAAAGGCAGGGGGAAUAUAGUGCUGGUUCCUAGUACAGACUCCAUGAGUAUGUUAACUAGACCGCAAUUAUUUAGUAUAUAUGAUGAGGAAAUUGUGGAAAGCGAGGAUACGGAAAUCUACGAAGAGGCUAAGAAGUCUGCAGGUAAAAUAGUUGAUGAAUCAGUGUUUACUGCUGGUGUUACUUCACGGAAGAGGUAUAAGAAGUUCUUUAACUUUGUGAUAUCUUUGUCAAUAUUGGGCAUUUCAGGGAUUGCAUACCAUGAAUUAAGCAAAAACCUGCAUGAUAACCACCUUCUACACGAGGAGUUCACCUCAAGGCCGCUUGUAUUGGGUGUAAAGUUGUGCCAGCAGCUUAGUUUCGGUCUUUUCCCGACCUGGGCAGGAUAUGCGCUUGAAGGAAUUAUAUUUGGUUCGAUGCUACCUGUACUGGAUUACUGGAGGGGGGUGAAAGUUGCGAAGGUAAGCCUUUCCGGAGUUUUGAGAUCAGUCAAUGCUAUUCUUGGCGUUGCGUUCGGUAUACGGAGGGUCGAAUGGUCUUCUUCGCUCCAAGCUAGCGUAGCUUGGUUUCUAUUGGAUGGAGUUCUUUGGCUAUUUUUCGAUGGUUCGUUGUCUGUGUUACUGCUAGGAUUUACUAUGGGCCUCAUCACGGCCAUUACAAGCUACGCCGAGAUUGUUGAUUUAUCCCAACUGCUGUAUUUUAUUGACUUUUACUUCCUAGGGUUACUAUUCUUCGGAAAACUAGGCAGGUUCUUGUACCAGCGUUGA